GUGUAAGAAGUUUUAAAAACUCAUUAAACAUCGUGUUUUACAGUGAAUUUAGCAGCAAAAAUGGCUCGAUUGUUGCAAAGGAUUGCCGAUAAACUACAGUAUAAUUUAUUGGUGCUGGAGCACCAUUUCUUCGGUGCCAACCGGCAUCCUCCAGGAGGAUUUGUACUGGUUGUCGACGAAGAACUGCCGAUGGAACCGUCUACAAGUGGCACUUUUUCGUUAUCGGAUCUCCUGGCCGAUGGGAUCUUAUGGGCUGUGCCAAAGCAUCGGCGUACCGUAGAGAAGCGGCACCAGCGCAAGUACGGUUCACCCGAAUAUAAGCUGAAAAUAUUGACCCCCAAAACGCACCUACGGUCCUGCUCCACGUGUGGAAGCGACCAUGAGGUUGGUGUGCUUUGUCCAACCUGUUAUCGACAAGUGAAAAACGAAACCGAGCAGAUGCAGAAGAAAAUCGAACAAGAGCUUAAGCUGGAUCCGGUGGACAGAGAAGUGGUGGUACUGUACAACAGCGAGAAAGAGGAACAACCGGCGGAAUUUCGGUUGGACAAGCGUAUCGUUGAGAUGCAGAAGCAGCGUCCGCUGUGGUUUAGCAGAAAUUUGCUGCAGAAAGCUACACAGACCACGGUCUCGGACGAGGAAAAGCCGGGUGUAGAUAAGCUGGGAUAA